UACGUAACUAUGAAAAUAAACAUCUAUGAAUAAAUUCAAACGGUUUACACGUUCACUUGGAUUUGACCUCUUUCGACGUUCCUUGGUCCACGUAAAUUACGAAACGUAGUAAAACUGGCUCAUCAGUUUUGGAUUUCUUAUCACCCACCAACUGGAGCAAAACAUACCUCCGGUGGGGAUGAAACGCCACCCAUCCCAGAAGAGGAACUGGAACAGCAGAAAAUCGAACAUGAAAAACAAAUGCAAAAGGAAAAACAAUGCCAAGCAAGAGAAGCUGAGGAAGUCAGGAAGUUGGACAUAAAACUUCUUCAUCAGCGAGCAAUAGAAGCACAGGAAGAACAAAAGCGCGAGAUUGCUGAAGCAGUAGAGGAGUUGCGUGGAAUAAGUACCUCUUGGUCGCAUCACCGAUUAUGUGACUUGCAGAGACAAGCCACACGAUGGCGUUACAGUCGACCUUCCAUACCGGAUACAAAACAUUAUAGGAAUGUUUUGAAGAAGGCCUGCAGUGCCCAGCUUACAAAACCACAAUCUAGCCAAAGUAUGAGUGACAACGAAGGCAUAUUCAUAAAUUUAUCGCGUUUAGGAUCUUGUAGAGAUGAAUCAAUAGAUAGCGAUGGAUGCUCUGAAACGCCGUGUUGUGUCACCGGAGAUGAGGCCAGAUCUUGGAUAGCCUCGGCAAAUGACGUCAGUGCGUCAGUCAAAGGAGAGCUAGUCAAAACACCGUCUUGUCCUGGAUGUCGCGCUCCCAUUGCCUCGCUUGAUUGUAUGGAUGAAUUUAGCGCCAAUUCUCAGCAAAUGUUAGAUCAAGCUGGCGAAAUGAAUGUCUCCAAGCAUAUGUCUGUGUACAUGGGCAACCAUGCUAGUAUGCCUUCAGCAGUAACACCUGGGCUUCGCUAUAAAAACUUAGGAAAAUCUGGCUUGAGAGUACCGAAUAUUGGAUUAGGACUGUGGACGAUGUUAAGUGAAGAUUGUUCUGAGGAUAUUAUUAUGACCGCUCUGGAAAACGGUAUCAAUUUGUUUGACCUUUCUGAGGCGCAUUGUGGUAAAAUAAUAAUUACAGCCAGAGGUGAGGUUGAGCUUGGUAGAAUAUUGAAGAAGAGGAAUGUGAGGCGAACUAGCGUGAUUAUCACCACAAAAAUAUAUUGGAGUACGAAGUUUCCCCAUGCUAACAGGUCAGAUGAAAGGGGUUUAUCUAGAAAACAUAUCAUUGAAAGUGUAAAAGCUUCACUACAGAGACUUCAAGUUGAAUAUAUAGAUGUAGUACUGCUACACAAAACUGAUCCCGUUUGCCCUAUGGAAGAGUUGGUCAGAGCAAUGAAUUUCGUAAUCAAUCAAGGAUGGGUUAUGUACUGGGGUACAGCUCGAUGGUCUCCUUCAGAGAUAAUGGACGCUUACACUAACUGUAGGCAAUUCAACUGUAUCACACCUAUAGUUGAACAGACUGAAUAUCACAUGUUCUGUCGAGAAAAACCUGAACUAUACAUGCCCGAACUGUACCACAAGAUUGGUGUUGGGAUGAUGGCGUGGUCUGCGAUUACAACUGGUAAAGGUCUUGGACGUGAAGAAAUUACUGGUCUAUUCGCGAAGUCACGUUUCAACAGAAAAUACAGUACUUUCAGCUGGUGCGAAGAAGACCUUGCAGUUCCGGAUAUGAGAAUUUCUAACAGCAAAGAGCAGGUGGCCGGAGAGGAACCUCGCACAUAUGGAGAAAAACUGCGAGAUCUCGCUAAUUUAGCUAAUACUAUGAAUUGCUCUAUGAGUCAGUUGGCUGUCGCCUGGUGCCUCAAAAAUGAAUCCAUAAACUGCUUACUGCUUGGCGCAACCAGCGUUGAUCAAUUUAAAGAAAAUAUUCAUGCUUUGCAGAUCGUGCCUCAGCUAAGUCCUUCGGUGAUGGAUGAUAUUGAGCAGCUGCUGUCAAAUAAACCACAAAGACCACCCAUGGUCUCAACACUCGCGAUGCGCAAUCAACAGAAUAGUAACACAGUGCGAUUGGACAUGACUGGUGCAUCAACAUCUGGAGCGGGCUCACCGAAAGCUGAAGGUGAUGUCGUUGAAGCCGAAGCCUCCACGCCCGCUAAAGAGUCCGGGCGUGGUUUUUGUGAGAUUCAGUGACCGUGGUGGCGCGGAAGCACUGAGUCUGCUUCCAAAUCUAGCAAAUCAAAGGAAUCAGUUAAGGACGGCAAGCCAAAAUUCU